AUGGAGAUCAUGUUCGACAUCUUUUUAUUCUGUGUAGUUUUCCCUGACCUGAUGGACGUGGUCCCAGCCAGUCUGCAUGUGAGCGUGAUCUUCUUCUGCGCAGUGCUCAUCGUCUUCUCCACAGUGUCCUGUGCCUUCUUCUUUUACAAUGCUUUCGGAAGCCCAUAUGAGACACUGCAUGGACCCCAGGGCCUUUACCUCUGGAACAUGAUAAGCUGUUUCUGUGCCUGCAUGAUCCUCAUCCUGUUCUCCUCGGAGGUCAAACUGCACCACCUGACCGAGAUCAUUUUCAAAUUCAACGAGGCCAGUUUCGUCUACAAGACGCAAAACGAGAGGUACGACAGAUCCUUCUGGCUCGUCUUCCUCACCUUCCUCAUGCACGGCCUCAACAUCUUGCUCAUCCGCCUGGCAGGGAUCCAGUUCCCCUUUCAGGAGGCCAAAGAGUCUGAUGCAAGCACAGGAGCGGCGGAUCUCAUGUACUGACCAGCUCUUUUGUUCUACUUCCUCCCCUGCACACGACAUCCUACCGCAGCGACUAGCACUUCUAAAUAGGAGUCUUCCGAUGAUCUGCAUCCGUUCUGUUUACAGCUGAACACAUCUGAGCCUCUUAAGCUAUUGAGGCCAUGUGUGGUGAUGAACUUGGAGAUGCCCGCGUGUUUGGAGAGAAGGGUUCUUAUCUCGCAGCGGGGAGGCGGGAGUGAGGCUGAUGGAGCAUUCAUUCUGUCAGUCACUCAAACAAUUAACCCUCACCAUUUCAAACGGCUGAUGAAAACACCCUGUAGUUUCCAGUCUGGCUGGGGACAUGACAGUUUCCUUUGGUUGUGGAUCUUUUAUAAUCCAGUUGUGGCACAAAGGACAAUUCUACAGUGACCCCAGAAAGUUUGGACACUUAAGCCACACUUAAUAUGAAUGUCUUUUCAUUAGAUAACAAAAUGUCAAGCGCCAUUUGUUUUAAAAACAGUACAGGCACACUUUUCAAACAGAACAUUGCACAAAAGGAAGUUUGUUGGACUUCACACAUCUACUAAAAAUCAUCAGGCGAUUAAAAGUGUUAGC